AAUUAGAAUGAUCAUCUUAGGCUCUCUUUAAAAUGCCAUCGGUAAAUCAGCCUUUAUCCUAAGUUCCGUUACUUCCUCAGGCCAUCCGGAGAAGGAAUAAUGUCACAUACCCACAUUAACUUGCUGUGACACUUGUCCGAGUGUUGUUUGUCUGCUGCAUGCCUAGACCACCAAAGCGUUCUGUCCGGACAGUGUCACUGGAGGAGGCUGAGCGACAUGUCCAGGGCCCAGAUCUCAGCUCUGGUGUUUGGCGUCGGAGGGUUUGGAGCUCUCGUUGCUGCGACCACAUCCAAUGAGUGGAAAGUAACCACCAGAGCAUCAUCGGUGAUAACCGCCACUUGGGUUUACCAGGGUCUGUGGAUGAACUGCGCAGGUACUGCGUUGGGUUCCUUCCAUUGCAGACCGCACUUUACUAUCUUCAAAGUAGAAGGUUAUAUCCAGGCAUGUAGAGGACUUAUGAUUGCUGCUGUCAGCCUGGGCUUUUUUGGUUCCAUAUUUGCCCUCGUUGGAAUGAAAUGCACCAAAGUCGGAGGCUCAGAUAAAGCCAAAGCGAAAAUUGCUUGUUUGGCGGGGGUUGUAUUCAUACUGUCAGGGCUGUGCUCAAUGACAGGUUGUUCUCUGUACGCAAACAAAAUCACAACAGAAUUCUUCGAUCCUCUCUUUGUUGAGCAAAAGUAUGAAUUAGGAGCUGCUCUGUUUAUUGGAUGGGCAGGAGCCUCACUCUGCAUAAUUGGUGGUGUCAUAUUUUGCUUUUCAAUAUCUGACAACAACAAAACACCCAGAAUGGGAUACUCAUACAAUGGGGCCACAUCUGUCAUGUCUUCUCGGAUAAAGUAUCAUGGCGGAGAAGGAGAUUUUAAAACCACAAACCCUUCAAAACAGUUUGAUAAAAAUGCUUACGUCUGAAAAGAGCACCUGUGCAAGCUGUGUCUCAAGUUUGUUAUAAAAGUGAACUGUUCACAAAAUGAUCCCAUCAAGGCCCUCCAAUAAUUAACACUCGAACUGUUUUUAAAAUAUGAAUUUGAAGAAUUUGUUGAUUAUAUGGAUGUAAAUGUUCUUAUAUGGUUAUAUACUAAUCAUUUCCCUGGCUUUCUAUAAAAAAAUAAACAUGUUAUUUACAGGA